CCGAUGCCAACCCUAGUCAAGUGCACCUUAGCAUUGUGUUUUUUCUGUUGUUUUCUCGACUUAUCUUGCCUGCUAGCUGCUAGGUUUCUGCUUUCCAACAGCAGGAGGAUAGGAAUAGCUCCAAUGGCUCCUUCAUCAUCAUCUGGUUGUUUUCUAGUUUUCUUUUGGAUUUUCAGUUUAAUGUUUAUAUCGUCACUGUUGUUGGCCAACUCUGCCACCGUGAACGGUCCUCAAGUAGGAAAUAUUGAGCUUACAGAUUCGGCUAGAAUUAGAAGGAAUCUCUUGGACAAUGGCCUUGGUUUAACUCCCCAAAUGGGGUGGAAUAGUUGGAACCAUUUCCAUUGCCACAUUAACGAGACAUUGAUCAAGGAAACCGCUGAUGCAAUGGUCUCAAGUGGUCUAGCUGCUGUUGGAUACACCUAUAUUAAUUUGGAUGAUUGUUGGGGAGAACUUAAUAGAGAUUCUCGGGGGAAUUUGGUUCCUAAAGCUUCAACAUUUCCUUCAGGCAUUAAGGCUCUUGCAGAUUAUGUUCAUAGCAAAGGGCUUAAGCUUGGAAUUUACUCUGAUGCAGGGACACAAACUUGUAGCAAGACCAUGCCUGGGUCCCUAGGACACGAAGAACAAGAUGCAAAAAGCUUUGCCUUAUGGGGAGUUGAUUACUUGAAAUAUGACAACUGUGCAAAUACUGGCAUAAGCCCAAAGGAAAGGUACCGGAAGAUGAGCAAAGCAUUACUUGACUCAGGGAGGCCCAUAUUUUUCUCUUUAUGUGAAUGGGGAGAAGAAGAUCCUGCAACUUGGGCACCAGGUAUAGGAAAUAGCUGGAGAACAACCGAGGAUAUUAAAGAUUCAUGGGAGAGCAUGACAUCCAUAGCAGAUCGAAAUGACAAGUGGGCUUCGUAUGCUCAACCUGGAGCUUGGAAUGAUCCCGACAUGCUUGAAGUAGGAAACGGUGGUAUGACAACGGAGGAAUAUCGCUGCCAUUUCAGCAUAUGGGCAUUGGCUAAAGCUCCGCUGUUGAUUGGUUGCGACAUUAGGUCUAUGGGUAAUGUGACAUUUGAAUUGCUAAGCAAUAAGGAGGUUAUUGCAGUCAAUCAAGAUAAACUUGGAGUCCAGGGUAAAAAAGUGAAGAAAGAUGGAGAUCUUGAGGUAUGGGCUGGCCCUUUGACUAACAAAAAGGUGGCUAUGGUCUUAUGGAACAGGGGAUCUGCCCUUGCAAACAUCACCGCUUAUUGGCCUGAUAUAGGGCUUAAGCCAUCAACUAUUGUUGAUGCUCAAGACUUGUGGGCACAUUCAACAGAGACAUCGGUUCAAGACCAGAUUUCUGCUGAAGUGGAUUCUCAUGCUUGUAAAAUGUAUACUCUGACACCACAUACAACAGUUCAGCAUUGAAAAAAGGGACAUUUCGAUGGAGAGUGGAUUGAUAGCAGCGGCAGGAAUGUAGCGACUGUGCAUGUGCUUAUGUCUUCCGUGAAUUUCCACAACAAAAAAGGAAUGGAAUGAAUAAUGAUGCAAUUUCAUGAAAAACAUAACAGAUUUUAUAUGAAUAUGAUAAUCAUUAAGCAUGAAUUUAGUUUAGACUUGCAAAUCAUGUAUUUAUA